AUGCCAGUAACUCUAACAUCCAACGUCAACACCAACGGCUUCCUAAGCAACAACUUCCCCCAUGCCCCACCCCGCCUCUAUUUCACCGCGGAAGACGACGACUUCGACGACCUGACGUUGGAGGAAUGGCGGGAUGAAGGCUUCGAUGUCGCUUAUUUGCCGAUGGGCAAGGGUGGUAAGGAAUAUAGGGGGAGGUUGAAUGGAUUGGGUAGUGGACUGGGGAUUGGGGAGACAUUUGGGAUUGUUGCGUACGGCGAAGCUGCCAGCUUCUGCCUAGAACAUUACCUCCACCCAGGCGCCAACAAGCUCUGCGCACUCAUCGCCUACUACCCAACCGCCAUCCCAGACACACGUUACACGCGCUUCCCAUCCUCAAUUCGCGUGCUCGUUCACCUAGCUGGCUCCAGCGUGGGUGUCAACCGCACCCAGCAACUUCUCGGGAUCCAGGGCAAACGUCGCACAAUACAACGGCGCAUUAACCCUGGCAUUGGGGCCGGAGGGUUACUCAAGAUCGCGUAUCCAACAUAUACGUAUGAUGAUGCCGAACCUGGGUUUGCGGAGCAUGAUCUCGAUGAGUAUGAGAGGGUCUCGGCAGAGUUGGCGUGGAGUCGGACAUUGGAUGUACUGCGAAGGGCAUUCCGGAGGGACGUCAACUUGGAGAAAGUAUGGGAGGAGAAUGUGCAAAGUGAGCCCAGUCCCCUUUAUAAAUUCUUCACUCGCAGCACGUCUGGGACUCUCCAGACACUGACCACGCAAAAACAGCCUCGUGUCACCUAUGCUCCAACGCUUACCGGCGGUAUCGGCGCAGAUGAACUCCGCCGCUUCUCUGAAGACCUCUUCAUCCCGUCUAAUCCACCUUCGCUUCGAAUGCGCCUUCUGUCCCGCACUAUUGGUGCUGAUCGAGUCGUGGACGAACUCCACAUGUCAUUUAAGCAUUCGCAGCACAUGCCUUGGAUUUUGCCCGGCAUUCCACCGACGAACAAACAGGUUGCGGUAACUAUAGUCAGUAUUGUGUGCAUCCGUGGUGGAAAGCUGUACUCUGAGCAUGUUUACUGGGAUCAGGCAUCGGUACUGCUUCAGGUGGGCCUGCUAGACCCGAAACUUGUCCCAGAGAAGUUGAGAGAACAGGGCGUCUAUCGACUGCCAAUUGUUGGACGGGAAGCUGCAAUGCAAAUACUAGAAGGAGAGGAUGGGAAGCAAAUGAAUGAGUUGGUCCCUGGUUGGGGCUCACGGGUUAGCGUGAAGGAGGAAGGAGGGCAGGCCGAAGAAGAGACCGAGACAGAGGAGGAAACAGCCGAGGUAGACGAAGAAGCGGAACAAAAGGAAGACGACGAACAAGACCAAGAAGACAAAGAGGAUGAAGAAUCGACACAGACAGAGGAUGAAUCAGGUGAGGUAGAGGAGGACACAGAUGAAGCAGAGCGAGAAGCAGCCGAGACACAGAAUGAAGACGACACGACUGAGGCAAAGAAUAUCUCAGAUGGAGACGGAUCAAGCAGAAAAGAGAGAGAGACCUCUUAG